AGCGCCCCCUUUGUCACAAUGCCAACUACUCGACCAGCAGCAACCGUGCCCUUCUGACACGCGCUGUGGCCUCUCCCUGAGCCUUUCACUCAUCUACUCCCUGUUCGCUUGUUCUGUUCUUCUCUGUUGGCUUCCUUUUCAUCAUCACCUCCGUCACCACCACCGUUCUCACCACCCGCUCCUUUUCGCUCCCUCACCUCGCCCCCGUACGCUGACCUUCUGCGCGCCCGGUCGCCGCAGAACGACAGCGUCCCCCAUUCCCCAUCUCGAGCAGGACUCGCCCUCACUCUCAUUUUAAAAGAAAACACCACGACGAUUGUAUCGUAAACCGGCCCAGCCUCCCUUUUAUUUGACCACCGCGAAAUUCGAAGUCGAGAGCUAUCACAAUGGCGAACAAGAUCCUCCUUGUCUUCAUCGGCUUCGACCUUGCCUUCCUGGCAUGUGCCGCGUUGCACUUGGUCAUCCCACUGUACACUCGGCAGGCCGUCAAGAACAACAUGAAUGUGGGCGACGUCGCGACGAACUUGCUUCUGGACCAUUGUCCUUUGACUGCCAGCGAAGCCAACUCGGUCAUCAUGUUCAUCACCUUCCUCCUCUCCAUCCCCGCCUUCUUUCUGCGUCGCAACCGAGUUUGGCUCAAAAUCCACGUUGCUGGCGUCAUCGUUGCCGCACUCAUGACCCUCUCCAUCGGCUUGGCCAUUUGGUUCUCGACACUCGAAAUCCACAAGAACCUGACUCCUGUCUGGAUGAACCAGAGCGCCAACGUUCAGUCCAUGCUGCAGCAAAAGUUCAAGUGCUGUGGCUAUACAAACCCCGCGCUCUUUAUCAAGGACGAUGUUUGCACCAGUGCUGCUACCGCUGCGAAGCUCGGCCCUUGCGUCAGCCCCUUUGGCGUCUUCGCCAAUCGAUUCCUCGAUAUCGUCUUCACCACUUUCUUCGGUUUCGUUGCGGUCGACAUGAUGCUUCUACUUGCGGCACUGUGCUUGAUCAAGGACCGCAAGGAGAAGAAGCGGUACAGACUGAUUGAUGAGAAAAGGGGAUUUGGGCCUAUCUAAGUCUGACAAGUUCGAUAACGAGACCUGGGUCAAAUUGUUCUGUGGUGUAUGCACUUCAUGGCCCGAAAUUGUACCUCGCCUCAAGGGUUACAGCAGACGAAGAUCGCCUUCGAGCUGCGCUGGACGUUGCGAUUUGUUUGGAGAGCGCCCACAUGGCGACUUGGUACAGGUUGAAGGACGGAUAGGUGAGGUGAUGUGUAGCCAACCAUGGCUUCAAUGAGCUCCACGUACUUUACGACAGCUUUGAGCGUUUCUUCUCAUUGUCGAGAGUUCGCGAUUGUUCUCGGAGUUUUAUACAGCUUCCGUUUUUGAGAUUUGUUGUGAAUUGGAUUUGUACAAGACCCUUUUAUCUCAUGAUAGAUAGCAGGAUGGCGCAGGAGGAGGGGAUAUGAGCUUGUACGGAUAUAACUACACAGGGUAUGUGUUUAUAUAUGCAGUCACAGUCAUGUCACUCCUAUCGCGUGGUUUCACCUUGAUUCGUUUCUUGUAUUCCACGGGUUUCUAGAUCAAUGUAGAAGCGCAUGAAUAUUGUUUGAGAGAUUCCAAAUACGGUCACAUUCCGUAUGGGUACGGAUUACGGACUACGACUUGCACUUUGUUGGGUUCAAUGAAAUGUAAAUGACCUUGGAG